UCCAACGAGAUCAGAGAAGGUCAACGGACAGGAUGAAGCUCGACAUUCUGAGCGUAACAGGGAAGCGGAAAGUCCUGGAUUACGGCGACAAUGGUCUCCUCGGCUCCUGCGUCGGCAUCGCACACUUCAAGAAGCUCAACCGCGUAGGCGAAGGAACCUACGGCAUCGUCUACCGCGCCCUCGACACUCGCUCCCCCUCCACCCCAAUCAUAGCCCUAAAACAAAUCCGUCACACCAUCUCCGACACCCGGGACGGCAUCCCCACCUCAACCCUCCGCGAGAUCUCCCUCUUGCGCAGUCUAAAGCACCGUAACAUCGUUAACGUCCACGACAUCGCCGUGGAUCCGGAGAAUGUGGAUGAGGUCACGCUGGUAAUGGAGUAUUGCGAGCAAGAUCUGGCGAACCUACUCGAUAUCCACAAAAUGCGAUACACCCCCUCCGAAGUCAAAUGCUUGAUGCACCAACUCCUCUCCGGCCUCUCCCAUCUCCACAAACACUCCCUCCUCCACCGCGACCUAAAACCCCAAAACCUCCUCCUAACCUCCACCGGCACCCUCAAAAUCGCCGAUUUCGGACUCACACGCCCCUUACCCCCCUCCUCACGUCCAAUGACGCCAACGGUGUGUACAAUAUGGUAUCGGCCGCCUGAACUGCUUUUUCCGGAGGGGGUGGGGGAGGGAAGUGGUGGGGUGAGGUAUGGGCAGGCUGUUGAUAUGUGGAGUGUUGGGUGUGUGUUUGGCGAAUUAUUGUUGGGGCGGCCUUUGAUGCCGGGAGGUGACGAAAAGGAGCAGCGUGAGCUAAUCAUCCAACUCCUCGGCCACGGACCCGCUUGGACGCGCUCUGGUCGCACCUCCUCCUCCCUCCGGUCAGAGGGUCAAUUGGAAUACCUCUUCGCCUCCCACACGAAAGAAACCCGGCGUCUCCUCCGUGGUCUACUAUGGUGGAAUCCCCGCGACAGGUACCGCGUUAACGAGUGUUUGAGGAGUGCAUAUUUCAGGGAGGACCCGGUGAUGCAAAGGGAGGAGAUGUUGCCGACGUUUCCAGAGGGGAGGGGUGAGGUGUCGAGAGGGAUGGGUGGGAAUGUGAAUGGGGAGAAGAGGGGGAGAGGGGGGGAUGAUGGGUAUGUGUUUGAGUGGGAUGAGAGGGAGGAUAAGCGCUCGAGGCGGUGACUCAACAGCGGGGUGAGUGUGGAUUGUGGGUAGAUGACGACAGGAUACAUAAGGAGUUGAUCUCUUUGAGUGGGACGACCAAGCGGUCAACACGAUGAACCCAACCCAACACAACGAAGAGAAGAACAAGUGAUGGCAACAGACUCAAUUCCCAUCCAGCCAUAGCGUACACAAAAUGUAAAAAGAAAGAAAGAAAGAC